UAGAAAAUGUUUUUUUUUUCUUGCCACACUAUAGCCAGUUUGAUCGGCAGGUUUGGGGACAACUUUUGCUAAACCGUUAGUUGGUUAACAAAUAUAAUAGCCGAUAAUUGACUAUAUGAUUACGGUUAAAUAAUUAAUAUAAAUAAUGUGAUUAAUGGUAACACAAUUAUUUUACGGUUAAUGUGAUCAACGUUAUUGGGGAAGGGAUGGUCGAGUUUUUGUGUCAGUUUUUGGUGCGAACAUGUUCCUAUUUCAAUUUGAGAGUGUGGAGACGAGCACUUGUGUUUUUGAGAAUGGUCCAUGGCAUUGUGGGAAUGUGCCUCUCUUCAUGAGAAAGUGGGUUCCAGGUAUCCAGUCGAUUAAGUUGGGUUGUUCUCGAUUGCCGAUUUGGGUGCGAAUUAGGGAGCUACCAUUGGAGUAUAUGACAGAAGAGGGCUUGAGUAGGUUGGCUAGUAUGCUGGGUGCGCCAUUUUGGAUGGAUCAGUUGACGAAACUGGGAACUCACAUGGGGACGGCUAAGCUUUGCAUUAUGAUGGCUGCGGAUUCUUCGUUCCCAACGGAGCUUCGAAUUCGCCCAGAAGGUGAAGCUGGUAUCACAUUAUUUGUUCACUAUCUACAUGUUCCUCAUAGAUGUGAGAAGUGUGUUGAGUUUGGGCAUCAGAUUGGUGAGAGGGUUAAAUGUGGGAAGUCUGUGGUUACGAGCGUGGAGACUGCUCUAGUCUCUGAGGAGGUGGUUGCUCCAGCUGUUUCUGGUGAAGGUUUGCUGGUUGGUGGGUCUAGUUCUCCAGCAGCAUUGGGGGUGUCUACUCCUACAAGCACUCCUUCACUUGUGAUUGGGAAGGUGGUGGUGAGUGAGGCUUCUGAGUCAUCCUCUUUCUUAGUGGAUGCAGAUGGUUUUCAACUGGUUGGUAAGAAGGGUAAGGCUUUUCAAGUGAGUUAUCCUGCACAGAGUAGUGGAAUGUGUAUCCCUGACUCUGCAGUUCAAGCUCGAGUAUCUCUGAAUGCGAAGGGGUAUAAUUUGGUUGUUCCUACUUCUCCCAAGAAAAAGGGAGGUAGGAAGAUGAAGCCAUGAAGUUGCUUUGUUGGAACCUUAGAGGAUUUAAUUCCUCUGAGAAACAUAGGUAUGUGAAUAAAAAAGUUGGGCAGUUAGGAGUAGAUUUUUUUGCCAUUCUAGAAUCUCGAGUAUGGAAGGGUAAUGCUGAUGAAAUAGUUACUAGGAAGUUUAUUAGUUGGGGGUACUUAAAUAACUAUAAGUAUUCCUAUAAUGGAAGAGUCUGGUUGUUUUGGAAACCGACAAUGCAAGUAGCUGAGAUUGGAAUGGGUCAGCACUUCAUUCAAGUGAGAGUGAAGUCUGGUGAGGAAUCCUGUGUGGUCACUGCAGUUUAUGGGCCUAACAAGACAACUGAGAGAGUUGAUAUGUAUGAAGAGUUAAAAAGUGCAUAGUGAUUCAGGAGCCUGGUAUUUUUCUUGGUGAUUUUAAUGCAAUUGUUGAGGCGCCAGAAGCUUCGAAUAAUCCUGUAUGUAAUCAAAGUAUGAGUGGUUUUCUUAAGUGGAUCACAUAUAUGAAGUUAAAUGAUCACAAAGUUGUUGGCUCUUGGUUCACGUGGUGGAAUAAGCAGUCUAACAAUCC